AUGGCCGCAAACGAAUUCUCACUGGCUUACCAUGAGCCCUCCAUCACGACAAUCAUCAUCCUCUCCGGCUUUCUCCUCCUCCUCAACACCGUCAACUACGGCCUCGACAAGCUCGUGUACUGUGGCCUCAUCGGACAGGUGUUCCUCGGCAUCGCCUGGGGCACGCCCGGCGCGAAGUGGUUGUCGGAGGAGAUGGAGAACUCCAUCAUGCAGUUGGGAUAUCUCGGUCUCAUACUGAUCGUGUAUGAAGGCGGCCUGUCCACAUCCUUCAAAUCCCUCAAAGCGAACCUCCUCCUCUCGACCGGCGUCGCCAUCACGGGCAUCGCGGUACCCAUCGGCCUCUCCUUCACACUCCGCUCCCUAGUCGGCGCGUCGCCGCUCCAGGCCUUCGCCGCCGGCGCGGCGCUCUGCUCCACCAGCCUCGGCACCACCUUCACCGUCCUCGGAACCAGCGGCCUCAGCACGACGCGUCUGGGCGUCGUCCUCACCAGCGCGGCCAUGAUGGACGAUGUCGUCGGGCUGAUCAUGGUGCAGGUGGUCUCGAACCUCGGAGGCGGCGACUUCAACGUCGUGACAGUCAUCCGGCCGGUCUUCGUGUCGCUGGGAUUCGCGACCGUGGUGCCCGCGGCGUGUAGACUUAUCGUACAGCCCGUGACGGUCCGUCUCAACGCUGCUCGUGAGAAGAACCCGGGCUCUAAGCUCGAUAAGGUUUUGCGACUACGUCAGACGGCAAUGGUCAUUCAUACGAUAUGGCUGUUUGGGCUGGUCGUCGGUGGAACGUUUGCUGGGACGUCGAGCUUGUUGGCUGCGUACGUUGCCGGCGCUACGGUCAGUUGGUGGGACUCCGAGGUGCCGCAUGCUGUGGCCAAGGUCACCAAGAAGACUGAUUCUCCCCAAGUCGGCCAAGGUGCCGACCAGAAGGGCGUGAAAGCUGGUCCAUCCGGCGCUGCGGAAGAGCAAGCGGAUACGGCCUCCCCCGAGUUGGCCUCAGACAAUUCUGGCGCUGAGAUCUACGAGCAUUACUACAAUCAAGCGGUCGAGCGUGUGUUGAAACCUUUCUUCUUCGCAUCCAUCGGGUUCUCUGUCCCCAUCACCAGAAUGUUCUCUGGCCCCAUCGUGUGGCGGGGUGUUGUCUACACCAUCCUGAUGAUAAUCAGCAAGAUGCUGUGUGGCGUUUGGCUCUUGUCUUUUGCUAGUCCUCUUCAAUCCGUCCAGAAGCUCGUCAAGAAGAUUUCGGGCACCGGGAAGAAACAGUCCAAGAAAUUGGCACCUGGGGCGCAGUGUGCCGGACGUGCAUCGGACCCGUCUUCGAACAACGGCAACGCGCAGCAGCGGCAGGAAGGCGAACAGGGUGGUCAGGUGGAGAACAUCCCUCUUGAGUCUCCGGAGACGCGUCAACCCGGGGCGGCUCCCAACAACGCAUCUCCUCAGCCGGAGAUGCCCGUCUCCGUAUACCCGGCUUGCAUCCUCGGAUUCGCCAUGGUCGCCCGCGGCGAGAUCGGCUUCCUAAUCUCUGCCCUCGCCGAGAGCACGGGCAUCUUCAGCGGCACUUCGGGUAGCCCCGCGGAGCCAUCGGAGAUGUUCCUAAUCGUGACGUGGGCCAUCUCACUCUGCACCAUCAUAGGACCGAUUUGCGUUGGUCUUUUGGUGAACCGAGUCAAGAGACUGGAGCUGCAGAGCGGAAAGAGCACUGCUCAAGCCGGCCGUAACGUCCUCGGUGCGUGGGGAGUGAGCUAG